GCACGCGCAGAAAGGUCGCGAACGUGGACGCGUUAAAUGAUCAAACAGUGUUUUAUGUUUAAAUAAUUGGUUGCUAAAAAUCCCAAACGCUUACUCACCUGGGCAAAAUAUCAGCUGACGCACUUGACUGAAUAUUAUUUAAUUUUCAAGCGUGUGAUAAGCGAUUUAUUAAUAAUUGAUAAAAAACAGUUCUAAGGCAAAUAAAGCGAAAAUGCGUGUCAGCAACGGUUUAACAUUCUGCAGUGUGCUGCUCUUUGUGCUUCUGACGACGGGUUUCUCUCAUGCCAAGCCCUUGGAGGAACUGAAGAAAACUGAUACCGAGCUAAAUGAUUCGAAUGGCCAGGGACCCAAAAAUAAAACAGCUGUCAGCGCUGGCGAAGAGUUAAACACGGCCACGAAUUUAGUGCUCGCCGGAAAUUAUAAAUACGAUGUGGAAAUACUCGAAUCUGGCGACAACGAGGAUGCAAAUCGAGACAGCAGCGAAGAGUUGGAGGAGCGUUUCAAGGGUCAUGGCAUCUACAACACAGACACCGAUACUUUCGUAUCCGAAAAUAUUGAGAUGACGCCCGUGGAUGUGGAGUCUAGUGCCAUAAGCGAGAGCCAUAUGCUGCUCAGCAUAGUACUUGUCGUGGUGGCUCUGGUGUCAGUCUGCCUUUAUGCGGGACUGGUUAUAUGGAGAUCGCAUUUAGAGCAGCGUUAUGGCAUGCGCGAGAGACUAGUGAAUCGGGAUGUGGAUGAGGAGGGCAUUGACGACGCGGAUUAUCAUGUGACAUAUCCGCACACACUCAGUCCCUACGCCCCAACAACUACGGCUACCACGCGAUCGUAGUCUAGUUUAAUUUUCGUGUAGGAUGAGAUUCAAUUACGCUUAAGUCUAUUUUAAAUUGCACUUGAUAACAUUGUUAUUUGAGCGCAUUCCGUGAGUUCACACUCGCAUACCCUGGGUGUGGACAGGGUCGGGUGCAUUAAUGCGCAUUGUCAAUUAACCACAUACACACACACACACACACACACACACACACAAUCACACGUCAAAUAAUAAUUCUAAAGGUCAUUUUAUAGAAGUUUCGGCCCGAAGUUGGGCAUGCCAAUUUAGUUUUAAGUUUCUGUGAUAUUGUUCUAGAGACUCUUUGUACGAUUCAAAUAUUUUGUAAAAGCAAUUUUUGUAAAGGUGCCCGUAAUU